AGCUCAGAUUCAGAGUCCUGUUCUCCUGACUGGCAUGUUUUGACACAUUGGGUUGGUGAUAAGAUGCGACGAUGCGAAACGCAGUGAAUGCCUGCGGGGUUUGAUGAUGACCGUGAGCAUGCCGCAACGUCAUCGUCAACAACCGACACUGCCUCUCCCAACAUGUCCACCACCACACUCAACACGCUCCCCUUGGAGACUCUCAGUCUAAUAUGUGAUUAUGUCGCGGUGGAAUACAAACCUAGCAUCUACGCAUUUUCUCAAACAAACAAACAAUGCCAAUCGGCAUCAAACAAGACGCGCUUCCAACAAAUCCGCCUAAGGGUCAAAACGCGUCAAGGCCUCGAGGACGACGUCAAGACAUGGCACAAAAUUCUAGCAAGGAACUCUGCACUUGGCUCUGUGCGACAUCUUAGCGUUGAAGGCCGAGUUGCUCCGUUUUGGGAGAACGCGAAGACAUCUGCACCGGCCGCUCUUCUGGAGAAUUCAUACGCAGAACAGGACUCUGAAGAUGAAUUUACGAAUCCGGGAGAACGAUAUGACCAUAUCCUCCGAGGCCCUUUCUAUCACCUCGGUGUACAAGAGGAUCAAAAUGAGGCCGCUUGGAUGCCACUGGCUAGGUUAUUGGCCAAGUUGACCGGCCUCAAGGACCUGGCUUAUGCGUGUGAGCGACGUCUGCCAGAGUGUCUUUUGAAGGCCCUGCAUCUCCACAUCCCCCGAUGCCGUCUUCAUAUUAAAGCUCUCGACCCGCCAUUUUUGACGGAGGAAGAACAGGAAGAACAGGAAGAACAAGACGAAUAUGAUGUGGAAGACGAAGACGAAGACGACUACGUUGAUGAGUACGACUACAGUCUUAUGAGGUCUUCCAGCCUGUCUACUGCUGUUGUACCCGUCGCAUACGAUGACGACUAUCGGAAACAUAACGAGGAAGCAGCACGAUUGAUGGCUCGAGGCCUCACGCCGAGUUUGAAGUAUUUGUAUGUAAUUGACAGCGGGCCCGGGUUCAAGUACCGGCCGAUGACUCGAGGUUUGUCAAAAGAAGGCUUACUUCCCCGAAAGCGCCUACUUCAAGAUAUCCGCGAUCAGGGCUUGGAAGGAUAUGGACAGCUUGAGGGCCUAAGCUUGGAUCCCGCCAAUUUGGCUCGCUUGGAAUUGUGGGAAAAGACGGUCAAUUUCUCACGCCUUCGUAGCCUACAGCUUUGGAGGGUCCGCAAAGACAUGCUUCAAAAAGCCGCAAACUGCGAGUUUACUGCUUUGAAAAGACUAACAUUGGGUAUAUUUAAUUUCAGAAACGAAUAUGACGUUUCCCCCUUGGAUCGAGCCGCGGGCGCCUUCAUUGCUAGUCUUCGGCCGCUUGAGGCUAUCCAUAUGUCCGGUCCAUUCCUAAAGAAGUCGUUCAAAGCCAUCCUCGACCACCACGGCAAAUCACUGCGGACGCUUUCUCUGUAUCCAUCAGAGGACCGGCUAGUCGCGCGGUUCGUCAUCACGCCCACUCAAAUUAGGGAAAUAAAACAACACUGCACGAAGCUUUAUGAUCUGAGACUCCAAAUGCAGCGAAGCGCGGGUGACCACGAAGAGCAGGCAAUAUAUAAGGCACUUGGAGAGCUACCGCAACUCCGGCAGUUAUCGCUCCGACUGGAUGUGUAUAAUGCAAUGAAAUUCGCAAAUCGGGCAUACCCUUGGCAAGUGGAAAGCCGCUAUAACCGGGACAUCCUUAUCAACAUGGCGCUCGAUCGCCAAUUAGCUGGGGGAAUAUUCUCUUUGAUUGCCAAGGGGUCUCCCAUAGAAAGCCUAAGGCUUAGUUUAGGGACGGAUGUCCCAGAGAGUUUUUUGGACAUUUGUCAAGUUAUGAAACGGAAAUGGAAGUGCUCUAGAGUAUCUAUGAUGUGUCCUGAGGAAGACAAAGUCAUUGUGCAAGAGCUGGGAGCAAAGAAUCGAAAGCGAAGAAUGCAAGUCAACAAGUCCACUCAGUUACGCGAAUACGAAGAGGUCUUUCGAGAGCUUUGGCCGUCAAAUACAGGGAAUUGGAUGGACGACUGGCAUAGUUUUCCACUGGCAGGAUGACGAUCUAGGCAAAACAACAACUCAUGGCUAAUCGCUUUGGGCCCAAGGCUGAUGCGUUGGUCAGCCAAAGAGAUCAGAAAACCCGCGAUCCGCAUGUGCCCACGGGAUUUCAGGGAGAUCCACGCUUGAACCUUUUACGGGCAAUUUGAAAUUUUCGCUGCGAAAGCGCAAUUUGCACUUUCACAUUGAACAAGCAGCUUUUUCAUCUCAUCGUAUAGCUGGAAGUCGGGGGUCUACUAUGCGCCGCGGGAGACUUGGGAAAUGCAGCUCUUGGCGCUUCGAGACAUGGCUGAAGAGGCAAUAAAACAGGAUAUGACUGCGUGAAGGCCAUGUCGCGGGCAGGGGAAGGUCAAAUAUAUCGCGACGAAGACAUUUUAGAUAGAUGGUGGGAUGUUGGGCGAGACACCCUCCACCAUAUUCAUCAUUGUAUAGCGCCUUAUAUAGACUUUAAGCUGUAUCUAGAAGCUAUAGAAUACAGGACACAGUUUGGC